UUUGCUACCGGAGAAAGAAAUCAAUUACGAUCUGUACAAUGAAAUUGUUAAUUAUUAUUGGAGCUUUGAUUUCUACACAGUGUUUGCAAACAUUAGCAGAAUUCUCUGCCGAUGACUGUCGAGAACUGGGACUUAUCAAAUCGCAGCUAUUCUGCUCGUCUUGCAACAGUUUAAGCGAUUACGGACUAGUAGAGCUAAAAGAGCACUGUCUAGAAUGCUGCCAGAAAGACACCGCCAGCGAUGCAAAACUGAAAGUGUACCCAAUGGCCGUACUGGAGGUGUGCACGUGUAAAUUUGGAGCUUACCCACAGAUCCAAGCUUUCAUCAAAAGUGACCGGCCGGCAAAGUUCCCUAACCUCACCAUCAAAUAUGUACGUGGCUUAGAUCCCAUUGUUAAGCUAAUGGAUGCGGAAGGCAAUGUUAAGGAAACGCUUUCCAUCAACAAAUGGAACACAGAUACCGUGCAAGAGUUUUUCGAAACUCGGCUGGAAAAAGCCGAAAAUGAUGAUUACCUCAACACAAAUCGUGUGUGAUUAGCACAUUUUCUAAAACAGCAAUAAAAUUGGGACAAAAAAUGAAGUACAGUUAAAUUUUCGUACAACAAUAUACCGACCAGGACGCAUACCAAAACUUACACCGCUUAAUUGAUUAAGCAACCCUGUUUUGGAUAUAAAAAUAGGAUUAACAAGCACAGCGCCAUCAAAAAUAAUGAACACAGAUGAUCAAGUUCACAAAAUUGAUCAAAUGAAGAAAAAAACUCAUGACAAUAAAAUU